GCGCGGGGCGGGCUCUGGUCCGCAGAGGUCUCUCCCGGAGGUGGGCGGGCCGGAGCCGUUCUGCGGCCCCCGGGCUGGUGCGGCGGCGACCCCCGCCCCCCCCACCAGGUCCCCAGUUCCCCAGAGUGAUGCGGGGCCUGCGCGUGCUGCCGCCUGGACGCUGAGCGCCCCCACUCCAGUCCACUCUGCCCAAACGAAACCCAAACCGGGGCUCGGCUACUCCCGAGCCCAACGAACGUCUUAAGGCCCCCGGACUCCAGGCCCGGCUGAGCGCCCCGGCGUGGGGGAGGGGUGGGGGCGAGACCCCGGGGGGGGGGGCAGGUGAGCCGCUCUGCGGCUGCGCGAUGGCGUGCACCUGUGCCCUUUGGGCCCACGGAGCCUCCGGGAAAACACUUGCAUCGUUUAACUGAUCACGAGUGGGCGCCUGCCGCGAAUAACCUGCCUCGGGGCCUUCCAAUGCCCUUGCCGGCCGUGACCUCUGUCUGUCUCGAGAACCGGGGCAUCAUUGUUCUAGAAUGAAGCACAUCAACUUGUCCUUUGCAGCAUGCGGAUUCCUGGGCAUUUACCACUUGGGGGCAGCAUCUGCACUUUGUAGACACGGCCAGAAGCUCCUGAAGGCUGUCAAGGCCUUUGCAGGGGCUUCUGCGGGAUCCUUGGUGGCUACCGUCCUGCUGACCGCACCAGAAAAAAUCGAGGAAUGUAAUGAAUUUACCUACGAGUUUGCCGAAGAAACCCGAAGGCAGUCUUUUGGGGCGGUGACACCCGGCUACGAUUUCAUGGCCCGACUGAGAAGCGGAAUGGAGCGGAUUCUCCCUUCCAACGCUCAUGAGCUGGCCCACAGCCGCCUGCACGUAUCCAUCACCAACACCAAAACCAGAGAAAAUUACCUGGUGUCCAGCUUUCGCUCCAGAGAGGACCUCAUUAAGGUGCUGUUGGCCAGUAGCUUCGUGCCCAUUUACGCGGGACUGAAACCGGUGGAGUACAGAGGGCAGACGUGGGCGGAUGGAGGCCUCACGAACAGCCUGCCCAUCCUUCCCGUCGGCCGGACGGUGACCAUCUCCCCCUUCAGCGGACGCCUGGACAUCUCCCCACAGGACAAAGGACAGCUGGACCUCUACGUGACUCUCGCCAAUCAGGACGUCACGCUGUCCGUGGCAAACCUGGUGAGGCUUAACCAAGCCCUCUUCCCACCAUGCAAGAGGAAAAUGGAAUCCCUGUAUCAACUUGGCUUUGAUGACGCCAUUAGGUUUCUCCUCAAAGAAAAUUGGUUUGAAUAGAAUGCAUAGGAGUUUAUAAUGCAGAGAAGACUGCAUACUCGUCUGUUUGUUUUUUUUUAAUUUUUGUCCACAUCGUUGUUGAUGGAGGUUUCUAAUGAAAUCAUUAAAAAAAACAAAACAAAACAAAAAACAAAAAAAACACAAACCUA